GCGAGGUGGGGAAGCGAGAGGCCGCGGCUUUCUCUCCGGCUUUCCUCCGCUCUCGGCGUGGGACGCGCGCCGGCGGGAGACGCAGGCCUUGCUAAACCUCUGCCGGCCCGGUGGAGCGCGCCGGCGGGGCUCUGCCUCGCCACACACCGGUCGGGACCUGGAAACUUGUGGGGGCGGCGACCCCCGAGCGUCCCGCGGGCGCGUGUCCCUCCGCCGAGGCGGCCGCGUGCGGAUGGCCAUGUACUAGGCUGGGCUCCCUAUGCGCCCGGAGAGCGCGGUCCGCCGCCUCGGUCCGCCGCUUCCUGCCGCCGCUCGCUUCGUCCACGCCGGCGCCAGAGCCCGAGCCUCAGCCCGCUCCAGGCCGGGGCGUCGAGCCGCCAGCGGCGCGGCCAUGUGGGGCUAGUCCGCGCCGCUCACCCUGCAGCGGACCGGCAACAUGGAGGCAGCCGUCGGCGCACCCGACGGCGCGGAGCAGGGCGGCGUGGGGCCGCUCGAGGAUGCGACGCCCAUGGACGCCUAUUUGCGCAAACUGGGCUUGUAUCGGAAAUUGGUCGCCAAGGACGGGUCGUGCUUGUUCCGGGCUGUGGCCGAACAGGUAUUGCACUCUCAGUCUCGCCAUGUGGAAGUUAGAAUGGCUUGUAUUCACUACCUUCGAGAGAACAGAGAGAAGUUUGAAGCGUUUAUAGAAGGGUCAUUUGAAGAAUAUUUAAAACGUUUGGAAAAUCCACAGGAAUGGGUAGGACAAGUGGAAAUAAGUGCCCUUUCUCUUAUGUACAGGAAAGAUUUUGUAAUAUAUCAGGAGCCAAAUGUUUCACCUUCACAAGUAACUGAAAAUAAUUUUCCUGAAAAGGUGUUACUGUGUUUUUCGAAUGGAAAUCAUUAUGAUAUUGUCUAUCCUAUAACAUAUAAAGAUAGUUCUGCUAUGUGUCAGUCUCUCCUUUAUGAAUUGCUGUAUGAGAAGGUAUUUAAAACUGAUGUUAGUAAAAUCAUGAUGGGACUAGAAACGUCUGAAGUGGUUGAUGAAAGCAAUAGUGAAAUAUCAGAUUCUGAGGAUGACAGCUGCAAGAGUAAGAGUACUGCUGCUACUGAUGUGAAUGGAUUUAAACCUUCAGGCAGUGAGAACCCAGAGAACAAUGGGAAUGUGGCUGACCUUCCUCUGUCCAGAAAGGUUCUUAAGUCGCUCAACCCAGCAGUCUAUAGAAAUGUGGAGUAUGAAAUUUGGCUGAAGUCCAAACAAGCUCAACAGAAACGUGACUAUUCCAUUGCUGCUGGAUUACAAUAUGAAGUUGGAGAUAAAUGCCAUGUUAGAUUGGAUCAUAAUGGAAAAUUUUCUGAUGCAGACAGUCAUGGCAUUCACUCUGAGAAUGGACCAGUUUUAUCAGAAGAACCGGGAAAAAAACAUACACCGAAGAACCUCAAGCCACCUCCCCCAGAAAGCUGGAACACAGUGUCAGGAAAGAAGAUGAAAAAGUCUAAUUCAGAUACGGAUUACAGAGGGCCAAAGAGUCUAAGCAAGCCAAUAAAAGCCCCAUCAGCACUACCUCCUCGACUACAGCAUCCUUCUUCGGGUGUAAGACAGCAUGCAUUCUCUAGUCAUUCUUCAGGGUCCCAGUCUCAAAAAUCCUCCAGUGAGCAUAAGAAUCUAAGUAGGACACCCUCACAGAUCAUAAGAAAACCUGAUCGUGAAAAAGCUGAGGAUUUUGAUCACAUGAGUCGUGAAUCUUACUAUUUUGGCCUCUCCCCAGAAGAACGCAGAGAAAAACAAGCUAUUGAAGAGUCUCGUUUAUUGUAUGAGAUUCAGAACCGGGAUGAACAGGCUUUUCCUGCCCUUUCUAGCCCAUCAGUCAGUCAGUCCCCUCAGAAUAGCAACUCCUGUGUCCAGAGGAAGUCUUCACAUGCAAGGGAUAGAAAAGGAAGCUUGCGGAGAACAGAUGCAGAAGAACGGAAGGACAAAGAUUCCCUACGUGGCCAUACUCAUGUGGAUAAAAAAACCGAGUCAAGCACACUGGAGGUCAGUGAUGAUAAAUGUACAAGAGUUUCAUCACCAUCUAAGACAAAGAAAGUAGACUGUCCAUCUCCUGUAGAACAAAAGCCAGCAGAACAGAUACCUUUGUCAAAUCCAGCUCCCCUUUUAGUCUCUCCAGAAGUCCAUCUCACUCCUGCGGUGCCUUCUUUACCAGCCACUGUGCCAGCCUGGCCAAGUGAACCUACAACUUUCGGACCAACAGGUGUCCCUGCUCAGAUUCCCAUUUUGUCAGUGACACAGACAACUGGACCCGAUGCUGCUGUGUCACAAGCGCAUUUAACACCUUCUCCAGUUCCUGUGUCAAUUCAGGCAGUUAACCAGCCCUUGAUGCCUUUGCCUCAGACGAUGAGCCUUUAUCAAGACCCACUCUAUCCUGGGUUUCCUUGUAGUGAGAAGGGAGACCGAGCCAUUGCACCACCUUACUCACUGUGUCAGACCGGCGAGGACCUGCCUAAAGAUAAGAACAUUCUUCGAUUCUUCUUCAAUCUUGGUGUAAAGGCAUAUAGUUGUCCUAUGUGGGCCCCACAUUCUUACCUGUAUCCUCUGCACCAGGCCUACAUGGCAGCCUGUAGGAUGUACCCAAAGGUCCCUGUUCCUGUGUAUCCUCAGAAUACUUGGUUCCAAGAAGCCCCUCCUGCUCAGAGUGAAAGUGACUGUCCUUGUCCUGAUGCCCACUACUCUAUGCAUCCCGAGGCCAGUGUUAAUGGACAGAUGCCACAGGCAGAGAUUGGACCUCCUGCAUUCUCUUCACCUCUGGUUAUCCCUCCGUCUCAGGUGUCUGAAGGUCAUGGACAAUUGUCUUACCAACCUGAACUUGAGUCUGAGAAUCCCGGGCAACUUCUUCAUGCUGAAUAUGAAGAAUCACUAAGUGGCAAGAACAUGUACCCACAACCGUCCUUUGGACCUAACCCGUUCUUAGGUCCCGUUCCUAUUGCACCUCCUUUCUUUCCUCAUGUUUGGUAUGGGUAUCCAUUUCAGGGAUUUGUAGAAAAUCCUGUCAUGAGGCAGAAUAUUGUCUUGCCCUCUGAUGAGAAAGGGGAACUGGAUUUGCCCUUGGAGAAUUUAGAUCUGUCUAAAGAAUGCGACUCUGUCCCUGCAGUGGGUGAGUUUCCGGAACCCAGAGUUGAAGCAAGUGUGAGCAGCAAGCAUGAAGGCCGAGUGGAACAGUCAUCCCAGACACGAAAGGCAGACAUUGCUUUGGCUUCAGGUUCUCCUGGAAUAGAGGGAAAGGCUCAUCCUCCCACUCAGAUUCUAAACAGAGAGAGAGAAACCAUGUCUGCUGAACUUGAGCCUAAGAGGACCAUUCAGAGUGUGAAAGAAAAACCAGAGAAAGUGAAAGAUCCCAAGGCUGCUGCUGAUGUAGCUGGCCCUGGGGCCAACUCUGUGGAUAGAUUGCAAAGACCAAAAGAAGAGAGUUCAGAAGAUGAGAAUGAAGUGUCUAAUAUAUUGAGAAGUGGCAGACCCAAGCAGUUCUAUAAUCAAACUUAUGGAAGCAGGAAAUACAAGAGUGAUUGGGGUUCUUCUGGUAGAGGUGGAUAUCAACAUGUGAGAGGCGAGGAGUCCUGGAAAGGGCAGCCUAACAGAAGCCGGGAUGAAGGUUUUCAGUACCAUCGAAAUGUUAGAGGACGCCCAUAUAGGGGAGAUAGGAGGAGAUCAGGGAUGGGAGAUGGCCACAGGGGACAGCACACUUAAUGGCUAGUUGUUGCUCAUAUUGUAGAGCUGAAGCCUUUUCGUAGGUGGAGUAUUUCUGAAGGCUUUAAAAACAUUAAAAUAAAAACCCAAAUUGGAACUAUCUCCUCCCUUCCCCAUUUACCCUCAAUUCCUAUUCCAGAAUAGGAUGAAACUUUGGACAUGAGUUCAAGGGGUAGAUGAAUUUUUGGCAUUGUGUUUUUUCUUACUCAGAAUCUGUUUAUUGGGUUACUGCCCCCAUAAAAAGUAAACAUGACUUCAAGUAUUUUUUUAUAAACAACUCAAUAUAAAACAUAGACAUAGUGUUUGUUUCUUUUCCUCUGGUGUAAGUUUGAUUUUAAAACAUUGGAAAUGUGUGCUUUUAGCGUUUACUGAAGUGACAAGAAAGUAAAGCAUUCAACACACUAUAGAUUCCAAAACAUAACAUUGCACCAAAUAGAAAUGUAUAUUUUAUUAUGCAAUGCCUUAGUCAUAAACUGGGCUCAAACAGUUCUCAGCCUCAAACACUGUUGUCUUUUAAUAUGCUUCCAACCCAAAGGCCUUUCAUCUCAGUAUCUGUCAAACUUGAAUAACGUCUUCUCUCUACUAUUACACACGAGGCAGCCUAUUAACCUGUGUCUCAGAAUUGUUGUAUAUAGUUCUUUUAAUAUCCAUAGGGUAUAUUUUUGAAUUUUGGUGAGUAUUUGUUGACCUUGAGAUUGCAUACAAUAGAUGUUUAAGAAAUUGUAGGAAGUCCGGUGAGACGCUGUUUCCAUCCAGAACUUAGCACUGCUGUAAAUAUCAUGGUGCCUACCCGAAAGGAAUGUAGAUGCUAUGCAUUUUGAAAAUAAUCUGCAUCUGUUAAAACUGCAGAGGUUUUUAAUGCCACUUUAACACUAAUGCACUGACAGAUUCUAAAUAUUUUGUGAGAAAUGUUGAAAUUUUUAACUUGAUAGGCUUCUCUAUAGAGUGUUUUCCUCCCUGCUCAUUGGUUAUUUUUAUCACUUUACAGUUGCAUGUUCAACUUGUCAUAGUUGGAAUUACUGUAUAAAAAGAACGUGAUUGUGACUUCUAGUUUUUCUAGAGGAUGCUGCUAGAGGUGGCUUAGCUUUGCUUUUCGUAGCUCUUCCCCAUCAGUGCUGUGUCUGAUCUGCUUUUUUGGUGUGCAGUUUUCACUAGAGGCUCCUUUGCAUGUUGUGUUCUGUUCUCAUUUAGAGGUUGGACUCAGACAAGUUAACACAGUAUUCACUCAUCUGUGUUACUUUGUGAAACUAACUGUACUUUAUAUUUCUUAUUCGUAUAUAUAUCAAUGUGAAAAUCUACCUUUUUUUUAAAUGUUGCAAUUACCUUGUGAUCAGGCAGCUUGAAUGCUAUGCAAUUAGUAGUAUGGUGGUGAUUUUCUUUGCAUGCUCUGUGUAAUAUACCUUGUUGUAAUAGGAGCAGCGGGCUGCUUCCCGCCACCCGGCUAGCUUUAUACCCGAAAUAAUUACACGGAAACUGUAUUCUUUUAAACACUGCCUGGCCCAUUAGUUUCAGUUUCUUAUUGGCUAGCUCUUACAUAUCGAUCUAACCCAUUUCUAAUAAUCUGUGUAGCUCAACGAGCUGGCUUACCAGGGAAGAUCUUAACCUGAGUCUGUCUGGAGUGGGAGAAUCAUGGCGACUCACUGAUUCAGCUUCUUUCUCCCAGCAUUCUGUUCUGUUUACUCCGCCUACCUAAUUUUAUGUCCUAUUAAAGGGCCAGGGCAGUUUCUUUAUUACUUAACCAAUGAAACAACAGAUAGAAUGAUGAACCACCUCCAUCAAUACCUAACCAGAAAUAGAUGUGGCUUUUGUUUGGGGGGGCAGAUUACUUAAAAGCGAAUACAGUUAACUUGAAUAUGAUAAAUGGAAGCAGACAGUUUUCUGGGUCCUCUGAUGCUUGUGGGAAUGUUUGGCUGUCAGCUAGGCUCAGUGAAGCUCUACUCUACUGUAAUGAUGGUGUUUACCUCUAUGUUGUUCCAAAUACCCUCAUGUCUGUGUAACUGCUGAUUUGAGUAGUGAUUAGCAUUUAGAAAUUUUGUAACAUAGGACUUUAGAGAGCACUUUGAAAGAUAACAUUUUAUUAAUGAUGGUGCUAGGUAAAAAUUUUAUAGCCUGGGAUGUGCUGAAAAAAAUUGAGAACCUGUUUUUUUUUUUUUUUUUGGUUUUUCGAGACAGAGUUUCUCUGUGGUUUUGGAGCCUGUCCUGGAACUAGCUCUUGUAGACCAGGCUGGUCUCGAACUCACAGAGAUCCGCCUGCCUCUGCCUCCCGAGUGCUGGGAUUAAAGGCGUGCGCCACCACCGCCUGGCAAGAACCUGUUUUAAAGGAAUUUGUUGUCUUCUAAGCUAGAAUGGUUGUGAAGGUUCUGUGUUGCGGUGCUUCAGUAUCUGGCUGGACUAUGGUAAGGACUGUAGAGGAGCUUCUUAGUCUGUGCUUUUAUGUAGAAUUGGCUUUAUUGCGUAGUUUCAAGAUGAAAAUCACCUUUUGAUACAAUAAAGUAGAUUUAGAAGUUUGAUACAUGCUUGGUCUCAGGAGUCCAAAAGAAGUAGCUGUUUCCAAUGUCGUGUGUUUUUCUGACUGGACAAGUGGUUAAAAAUUGGACAGGAAAGAGUAAUGCUUGGUUUCUUACAGUGGCUCUGUCUCACCUUAGUGAAGAACAGUGGUUAGUAGCUCCUGAAGGAAGCUGAUGAGCUUGUUUCCUUACCUGACCUCUGGGAUGUGAUGAAUGAGCAGUGAAAGAAUCUAGCCUGUGGUACUUUCUUUGUGACCUCUGACUUCACUAGUUUUAAAAUGAUCAAUCUUGUAUGAAGGUCAGUUUUCUUUCUUUAGGUAUGUGUUUAGGUAUAAUUCAUCCAGGGGAUUUUGCCUUAUCCUAAGGUCAGACUAGUGCCAAGCAAGCCUUUUUUCGUCACAUGAACUGACCUGUCAUACUGUAUUUUGGAACAUACUGUAUUCUACUGGAAAAGGAAAGGGGGAAAUGACAACUAAAAGUUCUUUGUAUUGUAAUUGGGAAAUGAUGAAACCUUAUGAUGGGAUCCAUUGAAGAAAUGCUUCCCCUGACCAAAGCUCAUCUGUUUUGUUUAGGUGCUUUAGUUGUACUAGACGUCUCCUCUUCCUUCCAGUACUGUCUCCUCAAGUUACUUUCUCUCAAGGCACAUCCUCCAUUCUUGCCCUGUGUACUCCUUGGCAGCCUUCAUGUUGUUUCCUCUAAGUUUGUUUCAUAGCUGCUACAACCUGACAGGAGUAGGUUUUCCACAAUGCACAGUGCUGAGACAGUUUAUGUGCUGCAAACCAUUCUUUGAGCGUAGCAUUUUCUUUGACCCAAGGGUGAACUAAAAUGCCUGUGAACUGCAAACUCGCUUGUGAUUGACUCAGUGCAAUACAGUUCAUUUCUAAACAUUUCUGGUUUAGAAAAUACUCAGCCAUCCUGGAAACUAGCAAUAUUUAUUUUGCCUCAUUUUACCUUCAAUUUUAGAUGAGGUGAAGUUUGUCUUUCACUUAGGGUACUUGCAAGAUCCACUUUAGUGUAGCUGAAGAGAAAGCUAUAUUUCUGUUUACUGUAUUUUGCUUCCUAUUUUAUCUUAUUUUUUUUAUCUUCAUAAUGGCUCACUUGAGUAUGUCAGUUUGAAAGAGCUAAGAUUUUCCUACUUAGCCAUUGGCUUUCCCACUAAUUGGGUUUUUUUUUUCUUUUAAAGUUUCCACUUUCCCUAAAAUUACAAGUUUUAGAAAAAUCCUGUAAGAGGGUGGGUGCAUGUCUUAAUGCUGAGAAGCAGCAGCUUUGGGGUUGAAUUUACUUGAAUGGUUUAAAAAUUGCAUUGUUACAAAGUUAGAAAAAAAUUUAUGUAUGGAAAAAUGACCCUAGCCUUACACUGAGUACAAUACUUAAAAGCAUGUGAAGAUGUGAUCAUUUGUGAUGUUACUUGUAAAAACAUAUAUACAUAUCUAUACAUAUCUUUUGAAGUGUUGAAAGGAAUAGUACUUUAUAUUCUUUAUCAUACCACUUUUGUAAGUGUUGAAUAUAUUGCUGUUUAUUUUUCUAUGUUCUGUUUCGUAGCCUUAAGAAGUGUUUCAAACGAUCUGAAUGUAUAAACCAAGUCAAUGCCCUACAUGGUGUGAUGCUGCAUUAUAUAUACAACCGUGUGCAUAUAUUAAAUUCUGUCUGUCGAUUCUG